AGUCGAGUCGCUGCCUGGGCCGGAGCGGAGAUGCAGCCGCCGCCUCGGAAAGUGAAGCCGGCCCAGGAGGUGAAACUUCGCUUCCUGGAGCAGCUGAGCAACUUUCAGACACGGCAGCAGAAGGAAGCUGAUCUGCUGGAGGACAUCAGAUCCUACAGCAAGCAGAGGGCAGCCAUUGAACGGGAGUAUGGACAGGCACUCCAGAAGCUGGCUGGGCCAUUCCUGAAGAGGGAAGGGCACCGGAGUGGGGAGAUGGACAGCAGAUUUUCUCUGGGGAGGAGCAGGACAGUAUUUGGUGCCUGGCGCUGCCUGCUGGAUGCCACUGUGGCUGGGGGCCAAGCCCGGCUCCAGGCAUCCGAUCGAUACCGUGACCUGGCAGGAGGCACAGGACGGAGUGCCAAGGAGCAGGUGCUGAGGAAGGGAGCGGAAAACCUCCAGAGAGCACAGGCUGAAGUGCUGCAGUCUGUCCGGGAGCUGAGCCGAAGUCGGAAGCUGUAUGGACAGCGGGAACGUGUGUGGGCCUUGGCACAGGAGAAGGCAGCCGAUGUCCAGGCUAGGCUGAACCGAAGUGACCACGGGCUCUUCCAUACUCGGACCAGUCUCCAGAAACUCAGCACCAAGCUGUCUGCCCAGUCAGCCCAGUACUCCCAGCAGCUGAGGGCAGCCCGCAAUGAGUACCUGCUCAACUUGGUGGCCACCAAUGCCCACCUUGACCACUACUACCAGGAGGAACUGCCAGCCCUGCUCAAGGUCCUGGCUAGUGAGUUGUCAGAGCACUUGAGGGACCCCCUGGCCUUACUGAGCCACACUGAACUGGAAGCCGCAGAGAUGGCCUUGGAGCAGGCCCGCCAUGGGGGGCAGGCAGCUUCCCAGAUAAGCUGGGAGCAUGAUCUGAAGCUUCUUCAGGAGUCUGGAGUAUUUUCCCCCCCUCCACCUCAGCAGUUUCAGCCAGCAGGGACUGAUCAGGUGUGUGUUCUGGAGCUGGAGGGAGGAGCAGGAAGUAUGGCUGGGGUGAGUGGCCUGGAGAAGGAGGUUCAGCGUUGGACGAGCCGAGCUGCCCGCGAUUACAAGAUCCAGAACCAUGGGCAUCGGGUGUUACAACGGUUGGAACAGAGGCAGCAGCAGGCUCCAGAGCGGGAGGCUCCAGUCAUAGAACAGCGGCUGCAGGAAGUGAGGGAGAGCAUCCGACGGGCACAGGUAAGCCAGGUGAAGGGGGCUGCCCGCCUGGCCCUGCUGCAGGGGGCUGGCCUGGACGUGCAGCACUGGCUGAAGCCAGCCAUGACGCAGGCCCAGGAAGAGGUGGAACAGGAGCGACGGCUCAGUGAGGCCCGGCUGUCCCAGAGGGACCUCUCUCCCACCGCUGAGGACGCUGAGCUCUCUGACUUUGAGGAAUGUGAGGAGGCGGGGGAGCUCUUUGAGGAGCCCGCUCCCCCCGCCCUGACCACCAGGCCCUUCCCCUGCCCUGCACACGUGGUGUUUGGCUAUCAGGCUGGGCGUGAGGACGAGCUGACCAUCACGGAGGGCGAGUGGCUGGAGGUCAUAGAGGAGGGAGAUGCUGACGAAUGGGUCAAGGCUCGGAACCAGCGUGGCGAGGUAGGCUUCAUCCCUGAGCGGUAUCUGAACUUCUCAGACUUCUCCCUCCCAGAGGGGGGCCACGACAGCGGCAAACCCACAGCAUUCCUGGCCCGUGCCCUGUAUGGCUACACAGCACAGAGCGCAGAGGAGCUGAGCUUCCCCGAGGGGGCACUCAUCCGCUUGCUGCCCCGGGCUCAGGAUGGAGUGGAUGAUGGCUUCUGGAGGGGAGAAUUUGGGGGCCAUGUUGGGGUUUUCCCCUCCCUGCUGGUGGAGGAGCUGCUUGGGCCCCCAGGGCCCCAUGAACUCUCAGACCUUGAACAGACACUGCCAUCCCCUUCUCCUCCGAGCUUCUCCCCUCCUGUACCCACCUCUGCCUUGGAUGGGCCCCCUGCACCUGUCCUGCCUGGGGACCAACUCUUGGACUUCCCUGGACCCCUGGACCUGAUGGUGCCUCGACUGAAGCCGAUGCGUCCACCACCUCCCCCUCCAGCCAAAGCCCCGGAUCCUGGCCACCAAGAGCCCCUCACCUGAGGACCAGGGUGAUCACUGCCUCCCCGGUGAUGCUGCUGUCUCCUCCAUGCUGUCAGAGACCAUGCCCUCAAUGAUCCUGAACAACACAGCCAAAAGCUGGAACCUGCCCCAUUUUUCUCUCAUCUCCAGGGAUAGAAACUUCUCUUCUCACCCAUUUCUGGGGCUGGAACCCCUCCCUUUCCCCUAUUCUCCUCUUGCCAUCUCUAGGGCUAGAACUACCCCUUUCUAUUCUACCACUAUCCCAUCUCUAGGGCUGGAAUCCCCUCUACCCCAUCCUGAAAUCUCUGGGGCUGGAACCCACCUCUCCAAAGUCUUGAGUGGCUUCGGCCCAUCUGCUUCUCCAUCCUAGCUCUGGGCCCCACUGCACACCCUGGAUGCCAGGGCCACUGGGGCUGGGGCCAAGACGGGCAGGCUUUGGGGGUCAGAAGGAGCUGGAGCCAGGAUGCAAAAGUAGCUGUAAUGGUCUGAGCGGAUUUAUUGACAGUGAAUAAAGGGCAAGAAGCCCAAGCUGGGGCCUGGACCUCUUGUGCCAAGAGGGCAGGGGGCCUAAGGUGCUAUUGCUUUAGGGGCCCACCAAGGGCGGGGCCUGCUCCCAUCUGCCAGCGCUCGAGCAUAUGGAGCAGAGGUGGGGGAGGCGGGUCAGACAGCCUGUUGGCAGGCAGGAGAAGGGAAGGAAACUUGGGGGUGAGGUGGGGAAGGACUUCUCUUGAAGUCCCCCACCCUGAGACUGGCAACUCCAGGUGAGAGUAGGGCUGGUCCCUCAGUUUGGGGCAGUGCUGUCCGGUGGAUGGGAGGCACUUCAUGCCCACCCACUACCCCUGGCUCUGCCAGCUGGAAGUCCCUGCAGCAGCAGUGAAGAAUGAGGCUUGGAGGAGAGGGAAGGUAACAAUGUUGCUUCUUAAUCAAGCUCUGUCCCACUUUUCCCAAGCAGUUGCAGGACCCUCCCUCAUUUCCAGGUUCCAGAAUAUACCCCUCCCCGGGAGCACAUGCCCACUCCCCACCACCAAACCAAGGAAUAUGAAGCAAAAGCUAAAACCACAGCUGUUUACUCUUGGGGCUUGGGGAGCAGAGAGUCUUGAGUAGGGGAUAGGAAGAUGAGAUUCCCUGCUUCAGGGCCCAGUCAGACUCACCUCAUAUAACCCCUGCUCCCCAUGGUGGGGAUACCUGAGAGAAAGGGGAAAGAUCAUAUCAGCAUCCCCCAGAAUAGGGGGCAAUAAGAGCUCAGUCCACUGCAGCCCUGGCCAUCUUCAUACCUGGUGAUCUGAGGCAUUCAGUUUGGUUGGCUGUUCAUUUUCCUCUUGACUGGGCAGCCCUGGGCCUGGGCUUCUCUUUCCAGCCCCCAGCGCCAGCUCUGCAGAGGCUCCAGAGUUCCCCUCAAGUGCACAAGGGACUAGACUCUUGUCCCUGAGUCCUCCAUUCUGCACUGGGGGGCUGGCUAGGGCCUGGGGCUGUAGCCCCUCAGGGGGCAGCCUCUCUCUGGCAGGCAUCCCUGCCCCGGGCUGCCCUCCCCCAGAUCCCUGACUGCUUCCUGGGUCCUGCCCCCAACCAGAGCCCCAGCUCCUUUCUGUGGGGGAGCCAUCACGAUGCUCAUGCAGCCCAUGGCGCUUUUCGAUGUGUGUCACCCGGAACCUAGGAGGGGAGGGAACACUGGGACUUAGGAUCACAACUCAGAGGCUGCUUGGCCCUCCCCUCCAACCAGGAACAUCCUGGCUGUGACAGCCACUUCCCUCUGGCCUAGGGCAGGGGAGGCCACCUCAGACUGUGGGGCACAUUAUGCCACCUGAUUUCUUGCUGCAACUCCCAGCCCAAGAGGAAAGAGCUGGGGCCUUCGUGGGUCCUGCAUGGAGCCCCACCAGGCCCACCUUUGGAAUGAGGUGCCUGAUCACUGGGGUCACCACCUCUACCUCCCUUUCCCUGGGGCAUUCUAUCCCCACCUGCCCACAGAGAACACGGUGGUCUCCCCAGGCCGGGGGCGGCUCUUCCCUUCUUUGGAGCGGCCCUGACAGACAAGUGGGGGCCUCUUGCUGCGGCUGCAAUGGAUGCAAGGAGCUGCAGAGCCCAGGUGCACUGUGUGAUGGUGGGAGGGGGCUCCGUCCUGUAGGCUGGCAUCCACGCUGGACAGUAGGGAGGAAGGGAGCAGGGGUGACAUUCCCAUUUCCCUUCCUGCUCCAUUUUCUCCUGUUCUUUCAGCAUGCUCCUUACACUCCCAGAUGCCCACUUUCCCUGAGCCACAACAUUCUUUUGUUGUCUUUGUCUAAUAAAACAAAUAUUAAGAUGUCA